CCAAAACAAUACCGUUAUACAAACUUUUCUCAUUUGCUGAUUCUUUUGAUCAUUUAUUGAUGAUCGUGGGGACUAUGGGUGCUAUCGCGAAUGGAAUCUCCCCUCCCUUGAUGACUUUGUUAUUUGGAAAUAUGAUCAACGCAUUUGGAGGAACCAAAAACUCCAACGAAGUUGUUGUUGAAGUUUCCAAGGUGUCUUUGGAAUUUGUAUACUUGGCUGUGGUAACCUGUUUUGCAUCACUUUUGCAGUUAACAUGCUGGAUGAUCACUGGAGAGAGACAAGCUGCUAGAAUUAGAGGAUUAUACCUUCAAACUAUUUUGAGGCAAGAUGUCACCUUCUUUGACAAGGAAACUAGAACAGGAGAGGUUGUUGGAAGGAUGUCAGGUGAUACUGUUCUUAUUCAAGAUGCCAUGGGUGAAAAGGUAGGACAGUUCUUACAGUUACUGGCAACUUCCGUUGGAGGUUUUGUAAUAGCAUUCAUCAGGGGAUGGCUUCUAACUGUUGUCAUGUUAUCUUGUAUUCCACUUAUUGUUUUGGGUGGCGCCAUGGUAAGCCUUGUUAUUGCAAAAGCAUCAUCCAGGGGACAAGAAGCUUAUUCCCUAGCUGCAACUGUAGUAGAGCAGACAAUAGGUUCUAUCCGAACUGUUGCAUCAUUCACUGGGGAGAAGCAAGCAAUAGAUAAAUAUAGUCAGUCCUUAAUCAAAGCUUACAAGGCUGGAGUGCGAGAGGCACUAGCUUCUGGUUUUGGGUUUGGUGCUCUCUACUUUGUUUUUACCUGCAGUUACGGUUUGGCUAUAUGGUUUGGUGCAAAAAUGAUAAUAGAGAAAGGAUAUACAGGAGGAGAGGUUGUGACAGUAAUGAUGGCUGUUUUGACUGGCUCCGCGUCUCUUGGGCAGGCAUCUCCAAGCUUGAGCGCUUUUGCUGCUGGAAAAGCUGCUGCCUUUAAGAUGUUUGAAACAAUUAAGAGGAAGCCAGAAAUCGAUGCUUAUGAUACAACUGGUCGGCAGCUUGAAGACAUCGGUGGACAUAUAGAACUAAGGGAGGUUUACUUUAGUUAUCCUACAAGACCAGACGAACUUAUAUUCAAUGGAUUUUCUCUUUCAGUACCAAGUGGCACUACGACAGCUUUGGUUGGAGAAAGUGGGAGUGGGAAAUCCACAGUUGUUAGUUUGAUAGAGAGAUUUUAUGAUCCACAGGCAGGUGAAGUUCUCAUUGACAGUAUCAACCUCAAAGAAUUUCAACUGAAAUGGAUCAGACAGAAAAUAGGCCUUGUUAGCCAGGAACCAGUUCUCUUUACCUGUAGUAUUAAAGAGAAUAUUGCCUAUGGCAAGGAUGAUGCAACUGUUGAAGAAAUCAGAGCAUCAGCAGAACUAGCUAAUGCUGCCAAAUUUAUAAAUAGACUUCCUCAGGGACUGGACACAAUGGUUGGUGAGCAUGGAACUCAGCUUUCUGGGGGUCAAAAGCAAAGGGUUGCAAUAGCAAGAGCGAUUUUGAGAGACCCAAGAAUCCUGCUUCUGGAUGAAGCUACAAGUUCACUUGAUGUUGAGUCUGAGAAAAUUGUACAGGAAGCACUGGACAGAAUGAUGAUAAACCGAACAACAGUCAUUGUAGCCCACCGUUUAAGUACCAUAAGGAAUGCUGAUAGCAUUGCUGUUAUUCAUCAAGGAAAAAUAGUUGAAAAAGGUUCACAUGCCGAACUCACCAAUGAUCCCACUGGAGUCUAUAGCCAGCUCAUUAGACUGCAGGAAAUUAAAGGGUCAGAACAAAAUGCUUCAUAUGACACAGACAAGAUAGAAAGUCCAGUUCUUUCUGGUAGACAAUUAAGUUAAAGAUCUUCCUUACGAUCUAUAAGCCAAAGGUCAGCAGAAGUUGGAAGCAGUGGUUGCAACUCUUUCUCAGAAUCACAUGUUGUUCCCCCAACGAUUAGCUUGGAUCUUUCAGGCAGAGUAUCUCAAGCACUUCCUGCAACAGUUUCUUCACCAGCGCAAGUGCCACUCUCUCGCCUGGCAUAUUUAAACAAGUCCGAGAUUCCAGUCUUGUUUAUAGGGACUCUAGCUGCAGUAGUAAGUGGACUAUUAACACCCAUUAUUGCACUCUUCGUUUCCAAAAUGAUAAGUAUUUUCUAUGAGCCAGUAGAUAAACUUCGGAAAGAUUCAAAGCUUUGGGCAUUACUAUUUGUUGCAAUUGGUGCGGUAUCAUUUAUCACAGCUCCUUGUAGAUUCUACUUUUUUGGUGUUGCCGGCGGUAAGUUGAUCAAAAGGAUUAGGAAAAUGUGUUUUGAGAAAGUUGUUCACAUGGAAGUUAGCUGGUUCGAUGAAGCUGAACAUUCAAGUGGAGCAAUUGGAGCAAGGCUCUCUUCUGAUGCAGCUGCUGUUCGAGCUUUGGUUGGGGAUGCACUUGGUUUGCUAGUUCAAAAUGUUGCUACAGUUGUCGGCUGUUUGGUAAUUGCGUUUGAAGCAAGCUGGCAGCUUGCUCUUAUAGUGCUAGCUUUGGCACCGUUAUUAGGACUAAAUGGCUACCUGCAAUUCAAGUUCAUAACAGGAUUCAGCGCAGAUACAAAGAAACUGUACGAGGAAGCAAGUCAAGUCGCAAGUGAUGCUGUAGGGAGUAUAAGAACUGUUGCCUCUUUCUGUGCUGAAAAGAAGGUGAUGGAAUUGUACCAGAAAAAGUGUGAAGGACCAAUUAAAACAGGCAUAAGGCGAGGGAUAAUAAGUGGAAUUGGUUAUGGGAUAUCAUUCUUCAUGCUUUACACAGUUUAUGCAUGCAGUUUUUAUGCUGGAGCUCGACUUGUAAAGGAUGGAAAAUCAACAUUCUCAGAUGUUUUCCGAGUAAGUUACUUUACUCUCUCCUUAGUUCUUUUUGCACUCAGCAUGGCAGCUAUGGGAAUCUCCCAAUCUGGCUCUUUGGUCCUUGAUUCUGCUAAAUCAAAAAGUGCUGCCGCUUCUGUAUUUGCUAUUCUUGACCGAAAGUCACAAAUUGACCCAAGUGAUGACUCUGGAUUGACGUUGGAAGAAGUAAAGGGAGAGAUUGAAUUUAAAAAUGUUAGUUUCAAGUAUCCCACCAGACCUGAUGUUCAAAUAUUCAGAGAUCUUUGCUUGACUAUUCAUAGUGGCAAGACAGUUGCACUGGUUGGGGAAAGUGGAAUUUCUUCACCAGCGCAAGUGCCACUCUCUCGCCUGGCAUAUUUAAACAAGUCCGAGAUUCCAGUCUUGUUUAUAGGGACUCUAGCUGCAGUAGUAAGUGGACUAUUAACACCCAUUAUUGCACUCUUCGUUUCCAAAAUGAUAAGUAUUUUCUAUGAGCCAGUAGAUAAACUUCGGAAAGAUUCAAAGCUUUGGGCAUUACUAUUUGUUGCAAUUGGUGCGGUAUCAUUUAUCACAGCUCCUUGUAGAUUCUACUUUUUUGGUGUUGCCGGCGGUAAGUUGAUCAAAAGGAUUAGGAAAAUGUGUUUUGAGAAAGUUGUUCACAUGGAAGUUAGCUGGUUCGAUGAAGCUGAACAUUCAAGUGGAGCAAUUGGAGCAAGGCUCUCUUCUGAUGCAGCUGCUGUUCGAGCUUUGGUUGGGGAUGCACUUGGUUUGCUAGUUCAAAAUGUUGCUACAGUUGUCGGCUGUUUGGUAAUUGCGUUUGAAGCAAGCUGGCAGCUUGCUCUUAUAGUGCUAGCUUUGGCACCGUUAUUAGGACUAAAUGGCUACCUGCAAUUCAAGUUCAUAACAGGAUUCAGCGCAGAUACAAAGAAACUGUACGAGGAAGCAAGUCAAGUCGCAAGUGAUGCUGUAGGGAGUAUAAGAACUGUUGCCUCUUUCUGUGCUGAAAAGAAGGUGAUGGAAUUGUACCAGAAAAAGUGUGAAGGACCAAUUAAAACAGGCAUAAGGCGAGGGAUAAUAAGUGGAAUUGGUUAUGGGAUAUCAUUCUUCAUGCUUUACACAGUUUAUGCAUGCAGUUUUUAUGCUGGAGCUCGACUUGUAAAGGAUGGAAAAUCAACAUUCUCAGAUGUUUUCCGAGUUCUUUUUGCACUCAGCAUGGCAGCUAUGGGAAUCUCCCAAUCUGGCUCUUUGGUCCUUGAUUCUGCUAAAUCAAAAAGUGCUGCCGCUUCUGUAUUUGCUAUUCUUGACCGAAAGUCACAAAUUGACCCAAGUGAUGACUCUGGAUUGACGUUGGAAGAAGUAAAGGGAGAGAUUGAAUUUAAAAAUGUUAGUUUCAAGUAUCCCACCAGACCUGAUGUUCAAAUAUUCAGAGAUCUUUGCUUGACUAUUCAUAGUGGCAAGACAGUUGCACUGGUUGGGGAAAGUGGAAGUGGAAAAUCAACAGUGAUCUCAUUGUUGCUGAGGUUUUACGAUCCAGACUCAGGUCACAUUACACUGGAUGGAAAAGAAAUAAAAAGCAUGCAAAUUAAAUGGCUAAGACAGCAGAUGGGUCUGGUGAGCCAAGAGCCUGUGCUGUUUAAUGAUACCAUCCGAGCCAAUAUUGCAUAUGGCAAAGGAGGGGAUGCAACAGAGGCAGAAGUUAUAGCUGCAGCAGAACUGGCAAAUGCUCACAACUUCACCAGUAGUUUGCAGGAGGGUUAUGACACAAUAGUUGGGGAAAGAGGGAUUCAGCUAUCUGGAGGGCAGAAACAACGAGUGGCAAUUGCACGAGCAAUAGUGAAGAAUCCAAAAAUAUUACUACUGGAUGAGGCGACUAGUGCACUUGAUGCAGAGUCUGAGAAAGUGGUUCAGGAUGCACUAGAGCGUGUUAUGGUGAACCGAACCACAGUAGUAGUGGCUCAUAGGCUAUCUACUAUAAAGGGUGCGGAUUUAAUUGCAGUAGUAAAAAAUGGUGUGAUAACAGAAAAGGGAACUCAUGAAGCUUUACUGAACAAGGAAGGUGAUUAUGCUUCCUUAAUAGCAUUGCACACGAGUGCUUCUACAUUCUAG